GCACAGUGGCAGCGAAACGGCUUGAGGCUUAAUCAAUACUGUGUAUUUCGUCGUGGACAGUCCGCAGAAGAUUUUUUUCGUGCCAGUUUUUAAAACGACUCUUGUACUGCCACUCUCUGGCGUGGACUAAAUUCAUAGCUCUGCAAGUGGAAAAUAAUCUGCAUUUUGACGCGCUGACGUCUGUGAUGCUGCAUGAAUCCGCAUGGACAAAAUGUGUUGGUGAUUGGGAAAGGGGAUCUUGAUCACAAACAAGCAGCUGCAACAUAUAGCCUAAAAACGGGAUAGUGUGAGCGUUGCAUUGGAAGAUUCACGAGUGUCGUCACUCAUCAUGAGGUAAAAUCACCAUGCUGUCCUUGUGGUCAAUGAACAUUUGCGUGGGUCGAGAAGAUCGCGCGUUUGAGAGGAAAUCAUAUGUGUCUGACCAUGCGCUGGGCUGCAUCCCUAAGCUCCUCACAGGUGGACGACUUGCUUAAAUCAAUGAAUCAAUACAGAUAGCAGCAUGUAGCCUAGAGGUUAUUUUUUUUUGCCGUGUUUUCAUGCCUCGGCUUGCCGGAUGUUUUCUUUUCUACACCAGCAGAUAAAAGGGGGCAAAUAGGAGGACAUGCCAUAGAUAACAUUACUCGCCCACUGAUGCUGCUGACAUUUGGCGAUUUGAUGUGUUGACAGAACAUGACAUAUGUGCCGAGAAUUCCCUCCGUAUCAGGACUGUGUGGCUGUGAUGUUCUGGUCGUCCUGGGAUGAGUCCAAAAUGACCGGUAUCUUAUUUAAUUAUUUUUAAGUGGUCUCUAAAUCAGUUGUCAUAUUAUGGAGACUGAUGCUAAUGAAUUGUAGAAUGAAGAUUAUAGGAAAACGAUUUUCUGUAGGCCUAUUUAUAACCAAGGACUUGGGCCUAUAGGCUACUGAAAUGGCAUCUUUUUGCGCGCAACAUCAACGUUUAUUGUUUGUAGCCUAUCACAUGUUGAAGUGGCGUCAAGAUGUUUACCACUGCACUUAUCACGAUGAACUUAUGUCCUUCGGGAAAUCUGAUAUUUCAUUUCGUAGUGACCACAUAGCUUGAGUACUUUAAAAAGUUCAGAAAUAAACUGUUCAGAGGAAAGCUUUUCUUAGGAGAAGUUAAUUUUGGGGAGAAAUUAUGAUCGCAAGCAACAAUCAGUGAAACGUAGGCCUAUGUCGGGCUUAGUUUUAGGAAAAGGGAAGUUUUCUUUGGAAAGUUUAUUUAUUAGCUGUUACCUUUUAAACAGAAGAGUAGAGACUAAGCAGCAUGUCUAGAUCGAACAGUGUAAGCCCGCCCGGCGUUGGUGCUCCUGGGCUGAGGGGAGGGACGGAGCACAGAUCUGCUUGGGGCGAGUCAGAGGCCGUAGCGAACGGAUGUCCAUACUCGGCCCGAUCCUCCACCAGAAGGCUCGCACGGUCCAACAGCAGAUGGAGGGAGGAGGACGAUUUCGACCGACAACCGGGGAGAGCUACCACAACCGUCAGCCGAGUUAGUUUCAGGUCCAAGUCUGCGUGGCAAGAACAUGGGGAGGAGAGUCGCAACAAUAACCGUUCGUCCCAAAGGUACGCGGAUGGCGAAGUGAGACCCAAGUCGGUGGAGUUGGGUCUGGAGGAGAGGAGAACCAAAUCAAAGUCGGAGGAGGAGGACGCCGUGUCCGACGUCCACUUUUCUAUGUUCUCAAUGGUCGCAUGCUGCACCAGCGUGAUGCAUAUUUUCAAGUCCAAAAAGUUUCAGUCGGAGAAGUUGGAGAAGUUAUACCAGCGCUACUUUUUCCGACUGAACCAGAGCAGCUUGACCAUGCUCAUGGCUGUGUUGGUGCUUGUAUGUGCGGUCAUGCUGGGAUUCCACUGCGCCGGCGGCUUCUAUCGCCUAACUUAUGUGGUUGUUUUCUCAAUGGCUAUUUUGCUUAUCCUUGUGUUAAUGAUCGUGUGCAAUCGGAAUGGAUUCCACCAGGACCACAUGUGGAUCGUCUGCUACGUUGUAAUCCUUGUCGUGCUGGUGGUACAGGUGAUAGGUGUUAUUCUCGUGCAGCCCAGAAGUGCUUCGGAAGGAAUAUGGUGGACUGUUUUCUUCAUUCAUGUUAUCUACACGCUGCUCCCGGUCAGAAUGCGAGCAGCGGUUAUCACCGGGGUGGUGUUGUCUGCCAUUCAUGUCAUCAUUUCAUGGAGACUCAACGAGGUGGAUGUUCUCUUGUGGAAACAGCUGGUAUCCAACGUACUGAUCUUCUCGUGCACCAACAUCGUGGGUGUGUGCACCCACUAUCCAGCCGAGGGUUCCCAGAGGCAGGCCUUCCAGGAGACCCGCGAGUGCAUCCAGGCUCGCCUCCACUCACAGAGGGAAAACCAGCAGCAGGAACGCCUCCUCCUAUCUGUGCUUCCCCGCCACGUUGCCAUGGAGAUGAAAGCCGACAUCAACGCCAAGCAGGAGGAUAUGAUGUUUCACAAGAUCUACAUCCAGAAACACGACAACGUUAGCAUCCUGUUUGCUGACAUCGAGGGCUUCACCAGCCUGGCCUCCCAAUGCACAGCACAGGAGCUCGUCAUGACGCUCAACGAACUCUUCGCCCGCUUCGACAAGCUGGCGGCGGAGAACCACUGCCUGCGCAUUAAGAUCUUGGGCGACUGCUACUACUGCGUGUCCGGCCUACCGGAGGCGCGUGCUGACCAUGCUCACUGCUGUGUGGAGAUGGGGGUGGACAUGAUCGAGGCCAUCUCGUUGGUGCGGGAGGUGACUGGUGUGAAUGUGAACAUGCGGGUGGGCAUCCACAGUGGUCGUGUGCACUGCGGGGUGCUGGGCCUACGCAAGUGGCAGUUUGACGUGUGGUCCAACGACGUCACGCUGGCCAAUCACAUGGAGGCUGGAGGCAAAGCUGGACGGAUCCACAUCACCAAAGCCACGCUGAACUACCUGAAUGGAGACUAUGAUGUGGAGCCGGGAUACGGGGGAGAGAGGAACGUCUACCUGAAGAAGCACAACAUCGAAACCUACCUCAUAGUGGGCUGCAGUCAGAAAAGGAAAGAAGAGAAGGCCAUGAUAGCCAAGAUGAACCGCCAGCGGACCAACUCGGUCUCCCACAACACAGCACACUGGACCGACCGGCCCUUCUACAACCACCUGGGCAGCAACCAGGUCUCCAAGGAGAUGAAGAGGAUGGGCUUUGAAGAUCCCAAGGACAAACACACGCAGGAGAACCUGAACCCUGAGGACGAGGUGGACGAGUUCCUAGGCCGGGCCAUCGACGCGCGCAGCAUCGACCGUCUGCGCUCUGAGCACGUCAAGAAGUUCCUCCUCACCUUCCGAGAACCAGACUUGGAGAAGAAGUAUGCCAAACAGGUGGACUCGCGGUUCGGGGCGUACGUGGCCUGUGCCUCCCUCGUCUUGUUUAUCUGCUUCAUUCAGAUCGUCAUCGUGCCACAUUCGAGCCUGAUGAUUGGGUUUUACGUGGCGUGUCUGGUCCUCCUGAUGGUGGUCAUGUUCAUCUCGGCCAUAUACUCUUGUUUUGGGGUCUUCCCAGUGCCUCUGCAGACGAUGUCCAAGCACAUCGUCCAGUCCCGGCUGAACAGCACUCUAGUGGGCGUCUUCACCAUCCUCCUGGUGUUCUUCUCUGCCUUCAUCAACGUUUUCACCUGUAGUACGGACAACCUGAAAAUGUGCCUGGGUCGGGAGUUCAACGUGACUCCCAGCAGUGUCAAUGCGUGCCACGUGCGCCGCUCUGCCUUCAACUACUCCCUGGGCACGCUGGAGGGCUUCUGCGGCAGCGGCGCACCCAACUGCAACUUCCCUGAGUACUUCUCGUCUUGCGUGCUGCUCAGUCUGCUGGCCAGCUCCGUGUUCCUGCAGGUGAGCAGCAUUGGGAAGCUCUUCCUCAUGCUCUUCAUCGAGGUGCUCUACGUGCUCAUCCUGGAGGUGCCCGAGGUCACCCUUUUCGACAACAUGGACCUACUGGUCAUAGCCAACGCCAUUCAGCACAUCAAUGGAACAAGUUGUGUGAUGGACUCCAAGGUGCCGCUGAAGAUUGUGACUCCAGUGGUCAUCACCGUAUUUGUGCUGGCCCUUUAUCUCCACGCUCAACAGGUGGAGUCCACGGCCAGACUAGACUUCCUGUGGAAGCUGCAGGCCACCGAGGAAAAGGAGGAGAUGGAGGAGCUGCAGGCCUACAACCGUCGCCUCCUCCACAACAUCCUGCCCAAGGAUGUGGCGGCGCACUUCCUGCAGCGAGAGCGGCGCAACGACGAGCUCUACUACCAGUCGUGCGAGUGCGUGGCCGUCAUGUUCGCCUCCAUCAGCAACUUCUCCGAGUUCUACGUGGAGCUCGAGGCCAACAAUGAGGGCGUUGAGUGCCUGAGGCUGCUCAACGAGAUAAUUGCCGACUUUGAUGAGAUCAUCAGUGAAGACCGGUUCCGUCAGCUGGAGAAAAUCAAGACCAUUGGCAGCACAUACAUGGCCGCCUCGGGCCUCAACGACUCCACGUACGACAAGGCCGGCCGCUCUCACAUCCGGGCCCUGGCUGACUACGCCAUGCGCCUGAUGGAGCAGAUGAAGCACAUCAACGAGCACUCCUUCAACAACUUCAAGAUGAAGAUCGGUCUCAACAUGGGGCCCGUGGUGGCAGGGGUCAUCGGGGCACGGAAGCCUCAGUACGACAUCUGGGGGAACACGGUAAACGUGGCCAGCCGGAUGGACAGCACAGGUGUGCCAGAGAGGAUCCAGGUGACCACUGACCUGUACCAGGUCCUGAACUCCUACAACUACGUCCUUGAGUUCCGGGGAGUCGUGAAGGUCAAGGGCAAAGGAGAAAUGACCACUUAUUUCUUGAACGGCGGGCCCAGCAGCAGUUAACACCCCUGACCCCCUCCCCCUAAGCAGCGACAGAGGCUGAGGACCCAGUUACUCUGAGGGGGGUGGAGAGGAGAGGAAGAGGGGGAAGGGGGGGGGGGGGGCAGAUGGACAGACAAUGUUUGUGUGCAGCUGAACCAGGAGUAGACCUACAGGACACUUAGGCCUGACAAUCUUCUGUCUCCUUCGUGUAUUGUUAUCAAACAGUCCCCCCCUCCCUCCUUAUCUGCUGGGGGCUCUCUGCUUGGUUGGAAUGGUGUGGAGCCUUGACACCCCCACCCACCCCCCACGCCAGACUCCUUUUGAAAAGGACUGGAGGACCUCCACAACACGGUGGCCUCUUCAGGGGUGAGCAGCAACACCAAAAGAGGCCAAAGAAGCGCCAACCUGGACCAGAGACUUGAAAGCCAGAGUCCAAAUGUCUGUUUUCCUUUAACUUGUGUGCAACAGAUCGUCGAACUCAGAAGUGGUAUUUUCUUCUCUCUCUCUCUCUCUCUCCACUCUGAAGAGGGUCAGAGAGGCUGUGGUCAUUGUGACACACGUCUCUCGUUAAGGUCCAGGUGUUCUCCACAGCUCAAUAGCUCGGCAUGAGGACACUGAACUGUGUAUACGUGCAAAACACCUCAGCUGUUUUCUGUGUAUAUCUUAAUCCUUCAUUGAGCCAGUGUGUGCUUCACAGUGGCUUUUGAACACCAAGCGGUGCAGUUGUGGCGCUGGUGUCCAAAACUGGGUGAACUAACAUGGCUGCCAAGUCAGCCCAGACCCGUGGCGCUACCAACCCUUUACUGCAGAAGUUCUCCAACUCUGCCUGGGAGGCAACCAGGCUCGCCUGAUGUAAGGAAACGAGAGCUCACCGUGUUAUCUGUCUGGGUACUUGAAUGAACAGACUGAGACUGUGUGUGUGUGUGUGUGUGUGUGUGAGAGAGUGUUUACACACAGGUGUUUGUGUGUGUGUGUGUGUGUGUGUGUGUGUGUGUGUGUGUGUAAUAUACACAUGUAUUUACAAGUUCGUCCCAUCUCCCCAUACCCAGAUACUUACACACAGUCCCACUAAUGUCCGUUUAAACUGAAGACACUUUCAAUGACAGAGAGAAAGUCCAAGUAAGGGUCUUUUGUAUUUAUGACAUUUUUGUAUUUUGACUCAAAAUACCAAACCUUCAAAUAUUUUAGAUUCUAUAUUUUGUACAUUGAUAGAGAGCAGGCAAGAAAGAAAAAUCUAUGGAUGCCAAUGCGUAUUGAGAUGUAUAUAGCUGAUGGAAAUGUAAUUACGAGCGUGCACAUUUUUACACUCACUGCAACACAAGAGAACCACAUUGCGCUAGUGCUUUGAAACCAUGUAGUUCGAAGAACCACAUGGUCGCGCAUAAGAACCACUCUCAGUCUGAGAAGGCUUGUCCGAAUACCCCCUUAUACUACUCUUUUUAUAUCUACUACACAGGACGAGAUUAGCUUCUCCUGAAUAGUUGCUUUGGUAACCCCCCUCUGAGUUAGGACAGAAUGACUGAGAAACGUAAGUGCAUGAAGGUUAAAUCAACAGUGUUAAACAUUUAAAAGGCCUUUUGAGGUUGUAAGCUAGCUUGCUAGCCUGUUCAGAACGUGACACAGUGAUAUGAAAUGUUAUGAAAAGGUUGUGUACUGUAAUAGUUUGUGAUGGCAGAAGUCAUGGGAGAGCCUCAGAGCCAUUUCCUUUGCACUGCACUUCUGACAACUCCUGAGCCAACAUCACCCCCCCCCCCCCCCCCCCCCCCCAACCCAACUUAAUCAGAUGGUACGACCCAAUGAAUGUCCAUACACUAUUCUCCAAUGAGGCCUUUGUAUUUGUAGGUGUGGUGAGUGGUUGCAUUUGCCACUGUAUAUCAAUACCAAGUGGACUUGUGGGAGAGCCACAAGCACCAAUGACCUGCUGUUUAGUUGUUCUUACUGUACCUGUUUCCUGGAAACACUUCGAGCGAGCGCUGGUGUUGUCACAUUGAAAAAUGCUAUUUCAGGUUUCUUACAACACCUUCCUUCCAAUAGUCUGUUUUUUUUCUCUCCUGCUUAACCAGCAACUGUAGAAUGAGCCGUGUUUUAUGAGUGCAGUCUUGAAAUAGAUAUUGCCUUGCUUUUUUUGGACCAAGUCUCUGGCCAAUGUUCUACCUUUUAGGGGGAAAACGUAUACGGACAUCAAGCAAAAGGCUUCCAAGAAACACUGAAGUUACUCUGAAAUAUAAUCAGGAACACUUUCUGACAGUUUAGUUAAAUACACUCACCAUUUUUUUGGAUGGAGUUGGAAUUUAGAACUGUUUGACUCAAGUUCUGUCUAGUCCCAUUUUUGUGCUUUAAAUGCAAUUCCAUUUAAGGUAGUGGUACGUAUGUUUACCUUUUUUUCAGUGUGGAAGAAAAACUACAUAUUUAUCAACCCCUCCCCUCAAAGUAAAAUUACUAUGAUAGCCUGUAAGGCCAUCCAAAUGGUUAAAGAGAGGGAAAAUUGGGUGAGCGCAAAUCAAUAUAAAAACUUUGGGUUGUCUUUUUGCCUAUCUAUCAUGUUCAACACUAUUCUGUUUUUUUACAUUCAAAUAAACCACUACAAUGUU